AUGGAGAAGAGCCGAACUAACUCCCAUAAGGCUUCCGCCAAAGGCAGUAAAACUGCUGUGCUUGGGAUUGUACCCCUUCAUGAGCCAGCCGAUACCGACCUCGUUGCUGCUGAUAUUCUUCUUAUACAUGGUUUAACUGGACAUGCUAUCAACACUUGGAGCCACGGUGACAUAUGCUGGCCCCGGGAUCUGUUACCGCAAGCUCUCAAGUCUGCUGUUCGGGUUUUGAGCUUUGGGUACGAUGCGGGGAAAUACGGCGAUGCAAACCUAGAUAUUGAGGAUGUCGCACUCCAGCUUAUCAAUGCGAUCGAAAGAGCUAGGCCUGUGGAGGAGAGGGCAAGGCCGUUGAUCGUGGUAUCAUACUCACUUGGUGGAAUUGUUCUUAAGAAGGCGCUCAUCACCUCCAAUAAUAAACCAUCUCUGAGGCAUAUUCUUGCCUCCCUGUCUGGGAUAGUAUUCCUCGCCGCACCUCACCGAGGGAGCGCCUUAGCUGAUGUUGCAAGUCGUGUCGUCCGUCAGUUAAACGUCGGCCUACCUCAGAAGCUUAUAGGCACCCUCAAGAAAAACUCGCCUGAGUUGUAA